GCAACUUCAGUACAAGUGUUGGCUGAAGGGAAAGGCUCGAAAGUUAAAGAAGGUGACACUCCCCUGAUUAAAUACGUUGGCAAAUUCAUCGACGGAAAAGUCUUUGGUGAAUCAAAAGAAGAAGAGUCUAUUUCUCUUGAUGAUACUAUAGCAGGUUUCAGCAAAGGGAUUGUUGGAAUGCAUGAAGGUGAAAAGAGGAAACUUUAUAUUCAUCCUGAGCUAGGCUAUGGAGAUUCAGGAUUUUUACCUCCGAGCUCUCUCCUUGAAUUUGAAAUUGAAGUCGUAAAAGCUAAUGUUCAAAAUGAAGAAGUUGAAGCCCUUACUAAAACGCCUUCAAUCGAUAAAGAUUCCGCAGAAAUUGCAGACCAUUCUCCUGAAAAAACUGAGAAAUCGACUGCAGCUCCUAUGAAAAUUGUGCUUUACAACCCUCAAAUUCCUCAAAACACUGGCAAUAUCAUCAGAACUUGUAGUGUAACAGGAGCCGAAUUGAUUUUGGUUAAACCACUCGGUUUUGAAUUGUCCGAUCGCAAAUUAAAAAGAGCGGGCCUUGAUUACUGGGAUGAAGUGAAAAUCUCAGUCGUUGAUUCUUUAGAAGAAAUUUUAGAAGAAAACGAUGACUUUUGUUUUUUUUCAUCGAAAGCCACUCAAUGGCAUACUGACAGAACCUAUAGUAAAAAUAGCAUCCUGAUUUUUGGUUCGGAAACCUCAGGAUUGCCUAUUGAAGUUAUGAGGAAGUAUCAAGAAAAGUUAAUUAAGAUCCCGAUGCUAGCAAAACAACGUUGUUUGAAUUUAUCAAACGCUGUCAGCAUCGGGAUAUACGAAGCCUGGCGGCAGGUUGGCUUUAAAGAACUGAUUCAACAACCUGUUUAA